AUCACUACUAUUUUUAUUUGUACAACAUAACCUGAAAAAUUUAAAGGAACAAUUAUUCUAAAAUUUUACCUCAAUAGCACUAUUACAGCAUUAAUAAGUUAUCUAACAAAUCUUUCUUUGGUCAUUCAUAGAAUAUUUAUGAUUUGGUACAUGAGUCAUAGUAACAGUAAAUCACAAUAGCAAAGUGUACCUGUGAGCAUUGCUAGCUGGUUGUUGCAGAAGACUUGUACAGACCAUUAAAUAAAUUUCGUGAGAUGGUUGAAACCACAGAAGCAUCAAUGACUACUCCUAAGUCGGUUGACCAACAAACACAAUUUGGUAAUAAUAGGGAACUGGAACCGACAGAUUCCAUUUUUGUCUUCAAGAAAUCAUAUUCUGAUUAUGAAGAGCCAUCAUCUGAAGAAGAAGAGGUGGUGGAUCUCAAGCCCCUUAGAGAACCUGCUAUUGCUGUACCAACGCCACAAAUCGGAGAGAAGCGUAAAGCAGAAGAUAUAGAAGCUAACAAGGAUUUAAAAAAGGCGAAAUUGGAAACGAAAGCGCUAAAAGCAAAGAGGCCUGGAUUCACGGACGAGCGGUACAAUGAGACCAGUUAUUACGUGGAGAAUGGACUACGCAAAGUUUAUCCUUACUACUUCACCUUUACAACUUUCACCAAAGGUCGUUGGGUCGGCGAAAAGAUUCUUGAGGUGUUUGCUCGUGAAUUCCGUGCCCAUCCAGCUGAAGAGUAUGAACGAUGCAUCCGCGCUGGCACCCUCACAGUAAAUUACCAAAGGGUAGAUGUCGACUACAGAUUACGACAUAAUGAUCUUCUAGCCAAUGUAGUGCACAGACACGAGGUGCCUGUCACCUCGGAGCCGAUCACGGUGAUACACAUGGACGAGGACGUCGUCGUGGUCAACAAGCCCGCCUCCAUCCCUGUUCAUCCAUGUGGUCGCUAUCGACAUAAUACGGUGGUUUUUAUUCUUGCAAAAGAGUACAACUUGAAGAAUUUAAGAACUAUUCAUCGACUGGAUAGGCUUACAAGUGGAAUACUUUUAUUUGGACGAACACCAAAAAAAGCUAGACAAAUGGAGCAUCAAAUCAGAAACCGACAGGUGCACAAGCAGUACGUGUGUCGUGUUGAAGGAGAAUUUCCGGAGGAGGAAGUAGUUUGUUCAGAACCAAUUGAAGUCGUCUCAUAUAAAAUUGGCGUUUGUAAAGUAUCGAAGAAAGGCAAAGAUUGUGUAACACGAUUUAAACGUUUGAGCUACAAUGGAAAAUCAUCAGUAGUUCUCUGCAAACCGCAAACUGGAAGAAUGCAUCAAAUUCGUGUUCACCUACAGUACCUUGGUUAUCCAGUAGUUAAUGACCCACUCUACAAUCAUGUGGUCUUUGGACCGGAAAAGGGAAAGGGCGGAAACAUUGGCAAAACUGAUGAAGAGUUAGUCAAGGACCUCAUUGGCAUUCACAAUGCUGAAAACUGGUUAGGAAUGGAUGGUGAUUCAGAAAUGAGCCUCUUCAAACCUAAAUUAGACAUUGAGGAUCGUGUGUCAAACUCAAGUGCUGAUAAAGAGAGUUCACCAUCAUCAACACCAGGUCCCAUUGAAGAGGAACAACAGCAACAGCCAGAGGCAACUCUCAGUACGCUGAAAGUCACAGUUGGAACUCAAACUGGAUCAGAACCACCAGAUACAACAUUUACCAACAACAAAGUUACCGUAGACCCUCACUGUUAUGAAUGUAAGGUGAAAUAUAGAGACCCAAAGCCUUCAGACUUGGUCAUGUAUCUUCAUGCUUGGCGUUAUUGUGGUCCUGGAUGGGAAUAUGAGACUCCUCUUCCUGCGUGGGCAUCUUGCGAGUGGAAGGAAGAGGAUCGAUAGUCAACCACUGUCAUUAUCCUUAAAAAACGUAUCUCCUGAGAGCAACUGUACCUCCGCAUCCUUUUUUAUAUCCUCUCCCGUGCCUUCCAUCCGUUAGCAUCCUUCGAGACUUGGCUGACCUAUUGAAACUCGUUAUCUUCCUUAUUACGUGUUUGGCUUGGGAUUAAAGUUACAAGAGAAAGUUAAUGUUACUGUUAACUUUUCAUCGCUUAUCCAUUAGAUAAGAAGGAUUAGAAUAGUAAUUGGAUGUAAAAUUCGUGGUCAACCAAGUUACGAAGCUUCCAUUAUUCAGAUUAAUAGUAGCUUCCGGUCCCGAAAUCGUGGGACCAAUCACCCACGCGUAAGCUUCUCUUCUUCUGAGUAACUCGAGACAACGCAGCAUUAUUAUUUUUUGUUACUUUUUCAUUAUUAACUAUUUGAUGCAUAAAGGAAUGUAUAUUUUUUGUAUGCCUGUGAUAUGUUGAUUUAGUUUUUUUAAGUCAUUUAUUGUAAACAAUUUUAUUUGUAAAAAUAUCUAUAUUAGAUAUAGAUAUUUCAAUACUUAUUAAUAAGAAUAUUAAUUCUUAGAAUUGAUUUUAUUUCUUGAAACUGUAGGUUGUCAUGUUUUAUUAAAUUUAUUUAGAAAAAAUUACUAUUGAAGCUUGAAAUCAAUAGAAGCUUGGCGAUUUAUUAAGUAAUUAAAACGUGUAGUGAGAGUAACAAUUUUGUCAUCUUUACAUAUAUGCUCUCAGAAAUUCCAUCAAAACUCGUUUAAAAAUUUAUCUUUUGUAAAUGAAAAAGCAGUUUUGAGAUGGAUUGAUGCAUAAAAUUAAAUUUAAUGUAAAAAAAAAUUGAAAAUGUAUGGCAGUUUAUAUUUUUUCCAUUAAGUUAAGAAGAUCAAUCGAAAAACAUAAAUUCACACGAAUGAUUCAUUUGAAUAUUCAUAAAUGUACAAAAUUUACAAAAAGGACGUUAUAACUUUAUAAAUAAUAUAACAAAAAAUAUAAAUUUAAAGUAAAGGAAAACUGGAAAUAUAAUACGAAAUUUGAAGUUGCAUUAAAAAAAAUAGUUAUUUGAGAAUAUAUUUUUUAAAUAACGUCAGAUGUAUAGAAAGAAAAUAAUCACUAAUUCUCAAGAUAACCAAAAAAAAAAACGCUCUAGAGAAAGCAUUAUAUUUAAUUGUAUUAAAGCUUUGUAUCUAUUGAAUUCACAUAAACAAAAUGUAAGAAUAUUAUUAUGUUUAGAGGUUAAAAAUAUUUUCCUUUUUGCAUUGAAUACUCUCAGUAUAUAGCUAGAUAUUUUUGCUGAUAUAUUUGCAAGCAAACUCUUAUCAAAAACUAAUUGAAACAAUCAAAUACAUAUCUGAGUUACUCUCGAGUUGUUCAGGCAGCAAGGAUUUGUUAGCAAAAUAAAAAGAAAUUGCGAAUAGAGAGACGUCUAUUUUUAUAGGCCAAUAAUAUACAGGAAUUAGACGGCGCGUGCACAGAAAUAAAAAAGUUUACAACAAUUAAAAACAGUAAUUAUAAACAAAAAUCAUCCUAACGAAGAAACAUUCGUGAGCAUAAAUCAUAUCUGUAAAAAACUGGUGAACUGGUGUUUCAACAAACAAAAUAUAUUACAAUUAAUAAAUAAAUUAUUCAUAAGAUUCGUAUCAUAAUUGUAAAAAUUAUAAAUGCCAUUGUCAGAUUGUUAAUUGAACGAAAGAGUGAUUGAAAUCGAUAAAUUACAUAAUGAUGUAAUUGAAGAAUUGUUCCAAGCCACGCCGGCACCGACAAUAUUAUUUUGUUACACAAUCACGUAUGUCUUCAAAUUGGCCUUAGGAUGAGAAUCUGCGUUAUUCUGCAUAAUAACGUCAGUGAGGAAACAUUAUAGAUGAAAUUAUAGUCACUGGACGAGAAUUUGUCACAACGGACCUAUUAUAAAAGACAGUUUGUGCGCUUACUAACAAAAUCUCGCAGAACUCACAUGAGUUAGCGUAUUAUGUAAUCGCUACAUUAAUGUAUUUAAGAUAAAAAUAAACCUAAUAAAUAAAAAAAAACUAACAUUUACUGAUAAAAUGCAACAAAAAAAUAUGCAAAAAAAAGACAGUCCUUACUAAAAGGAUAAAUGAUAGAGGAAAACUUGUCUGUAAAUCAAGCGAGCGCUUUUGUAUAUAUUAUAUAUAUUGUAUACGCACAUUGUAACGACUUAUAAUAUUAUAGUAAGCGAAUCGUUAGCGUUCGUGAAUGAAAAAAUGAUAAAACCUCUUGUAUAAUGAACGAAUAAAAAUCUAAUUAUCGUUCGAUAA